CGUUCUCUUCGCUCUUUUUCUGGUUGAAAACGUGUGUGCAAAUACUUGUGGUCAUGACAACUGUGAAACAGUAAUUGACAUACCCUUGAUAACAAAACUCAAUGCACCCCUUAAAGCCGAGUUAGAUAUUACAAGUCUAACAGUACAAAUUAAGGAACUUAUAAGGAAAGAGGUGAAACAGGCUGUUUCUAAAGCAGUGAAUGACGUCGUGGAAAAUAUUGCUGAUAUGAGAUUUCAGACUGCUGUGGACAGAUUGCAGAGUUCUAGUAAUAUCACAAUGUCAACAUUUCGAAAGGAAAUGGAAGCUGAACUAGAAGUGAAAAUGGAGAAAAAACAGACCAUACUGGGCAAUAAGCUCGAGGGAGAGAUGGAGCAACUGAAAUCCGAGGUUAAAACAGCCACUGAAAAAGUUGCAGUAACAUCGUGUGCUCCUAGUACCAUUACAUAUGGUUCUGGUGAGAUAAUAAAAUUCAGUGAAGUGAAACUGUCAAAUGGAAUUGGAAAUGUGGAUAAUUUCAAAUCUUCAGGGACAUUUACUUGCGAAAAGCCAGGACUUUAUUUGGUUGGGGUGUAUAUUAUGUCUUAUUCCAAUUACGCUCAAUUUCAAAUUAGAAAGAAUGGACGUUUGUUAAGCUAUGUACAUGUCAACCCAGUCUUACAAUCUACAGGUGAUAAUAACAAGUAUCAUACAGGAACAGGAAUUAUGGCUGUUCAAUUGAAUACAAACGAUAAAUUAAAUAUCAAAGCAGGUACCAGUAAAAUGCCAGUGUAUGGUGGAUAUUCAUGUUUGACUAUUAUUAAAGUGAAAUAAAUCUUUCAUUCUAUAAUAUUAGAUACAAACUAAUUCUAAUCAUAUUCACAACAUUUUGUUUUAAUUGUAUUUUUUACAGAUCGCUUCUUACGUUACUGUUAUCAAAGUACUGAAGUACUGAACAUCGGAUGACCGCAAGUUCUUGUGGAUGGUCAAAAGCACUUGUCUCAGAAAAAAUCACAUCUCUAUACCUGAAACUGAGGUUAAUGUACAGAGAUAUAUUUUUUUCUGAGACAAGUUCGUGGGUAGAUGAUGAAUAAAUGACAGGAAAUUCAACCUCACCGUUAUAACUAUUAUAUUGUAGUGAUACAAAUCAGUAUACACUGGUUUGUUGUUAUAUAUUAUAUUAAUAUAACAGUUACACUGGUUUGUUGUUAUAUAUUAUAUUAAUAUAACAGUUACAUGUAUAUAUAAUUUUCAUCCAUUUGUACAUCAUUCUAUUCAACUAUUCUAAUAAUAGUGCAGUGCAAGUGCAUGGUGGACACUCUUCUGUAAAAAUUCGAUUUUUCUAAAAGAUCGGAUAUGAGUAGGCAUUCAUAUUUUCCCGCAAAAACAAACUUCCAUGCAGAGUUACCGGUCCUUGCGGGGAUUGCCGCAAAACGUUCUUGAGAUAUUCUUCCGAAUGCGUUAACACAAUUUUUCGGUACGUGUGCAUAGAUAUUAUCAAUGAUUUUUUACUUAUACAUAUAUAUCUAACGACAAAACAUUUUCCUUUUAUUAAUUUAUGUUCAAAACAAAAAUAUUUUUAUCAGUAUUCAUUGAAGAGAUGUAUUUAUAACAAACGAUAAGGAAUGUUACUUUUGCACUCCUUAAUGUCUGCGUAUUUAUCAUGUUUAUAGAUCGGUUACAAACCCAAAACGAAAGUUACGUAAUGGAAAUCUAGGCGAUAGCAAUACAUCGGAAUGCCCUCACGGUCAUCGCGAUGUAAAAAUGAUGAAUUAAUCGAUGGAUUUGAUCGGAUUCUAACAAAUAUGUCAUUGAAGCCUGACUUUCAAAUUUUCUGGUUUAAGCGUUCAUGAUGAAGGUUAAUCCAGAAAAACGGUUCGGAUGCACGAAAGGUUUUAAGUGUUGUUUUUUCAUGAUAUAUAUAUUCUUAUUUAAAAACAAAAAAACAUGUACUUUUUUCCUUGUUUUUUUUUUUUUUGUUGUUGAUUUUGUUACAGAAAAUGAUGAUUAUAGUCACUUGUUGUAAGUCACCUGUAGUUGGUUUAUUACUAUAGAAUCAUCCAUAAUUGUAUUCCUUUUACAUUUCGGCAUGGUGUUGCCUGUGUCAAUGGAUAUGACGGACAGUACAUGUAUAAUGAUGGUUGGUCAACUUUCAUCGGUUAUAAACUAUAAAAAUUAUAAAAUAUAAAUAAAAUAAAAGAUGUCAGAUAUUUAUUAAAAUUCUUUCAGAUUCAA